ACCAUAAAAAAAAUGUGUGCUAUCGAAGCCCAACUAUCUUUUCUUUUUACUUUGCUCAUUAGCGAUUAGGGUUUUCGGGAGAGAGAUAGCGGCGCGAAUAUUUGAGAGAUAGAGAGAGGGAGAUUCUUCGGGAGUUUUUGGGGCUGGAGUGGAAAAAGGGAGCGUUUUUUUAGUUGCGAAGUGAGGGAGAUUGAAGGAGAGGAGAACGAAGCGGAGUUGCCGUGAAGAGGGGUUGUGACCGUGGGAGGUUUGACCGUGGGACAUAGAAGACAGAGAAUCUUGGGUUCCGGGGGUUUGACCGUGUGAAGAGCUAUAACCAACCAAGAACAUCAGGGUUUUAGGUGGCCAUGAGAGGAGGAAGGAAGAAUUUGAAGAGGGCUACAGAGGAAAAACAUGUCACGCUUCAAGAUGGGCAAAGCAUCAUGCAGGUGGUGUCUUUACGAGGCUCUAAUAUCAUUGAGGUCGAGGAUGCAUGUGGCAACAAAUCACUGGCUCUUUUCCCUGCCAAAUUUCGGAAAAGCGUGUGGAUUAAACUAGGGAGCUUUGUUGUUGUUGAUGUAACUGGAAAGGAAAAGGCUCUUGAAUCGGGUAGCAGCAAGGUUGCAUGCCUUGUUUCUCAAGUUCUUUUCUACGAUCAAGUUCGAGAACUACAGAAAACUCCUGAAUGGCCUGAAAGUUUUAAAUCUGCAAUGGUUGAUGAAUUAAAUGAAACUUCUGCCUCCCAACAAGAGAAUGAGCUGGAGGACAGUGAUGAUGAUGGACUACCUCCACUGGAAGCCAAUACAAACAGACUGAGACCUUUCGAGUUGCAAGCCCAUGAAGAUUCAGAGUCUUGUUCAGAUACAGAUGAUGAUUGAAUCAUAGUUAGAUUCCCAUCGCAUAUGAAUUAUUAUACUCAAGAUAAAACAGCUAUGUAUGUGAAAGGAUGUUCUUGUCCUAUUUUUAUGUGCUGAUGCUAUCGAAGAUUUGCUUCAGAUUUCUCAACCAAAAGAAAGAAAACUUGAAUGUGCACCAGCAAGUCAAACUAUUAUAAAACUGACCAGAUCAAUUUGUAUGAAA